AUGAGGGCCGCUACAGCGACCAUAUCUGUUCGCAGAUUCCUAUUCGAGUUUCAACCGCGAGGCGCUGUCUUCAGCUGCAGUGACGGUCUUGGCAGCAUGCACGCUGAAGCUUCAAUCACCUUCUCGAUGCAACUGGCGUCGAGCGACGCUGAACUACGUACCACUCGAGCUGUGUGUCAGACCGGAAAUGCCCGCGUCACCGGUGCUAUCCACCUAUGCAUGCAUCUAUGUACGCCAUGCUGCGGUAGAUUUGGUGUUGCAACUGCCAGCCCGCAACCCCCGAUAGUCACCCACGCAUCGCGGCUAACGGCUUCCGAGACAAGGACGACGUUCAAGGCAGUUAGCUCCAAUCAGAAGAAAAACGUGCUGCGCCUGAUUGGAACCCUCGCCGUCAUCGCUUCACGGCUGGCCGCUCGCCUGGACGAUGGAUGCGCUGCUCCUGUACGAGGCCUCUCCCACUCCCGCCCUCAAGUCGUGGCGACAACGGCCCGCUCGUCUGAUCGUUACUCGAAUCUGACAGAGGGGCCGUGCGGCCUUUUGGUCGACAGCCUCGCCCGCCUGGCCUUGGCUAAUGUAAUGCAGUGUGAAAACGAGUCUGGAAUUGUUGGUGCGCAUGCCCUUGAAAUUACGUCCAAGCGAUUUCGCGCCUUUCGAGUCUAUUCGACGGUAUUUCAGUCGCUGAGCAAGUCUCUACCUCGGCAUUGCCUAGAUUUUUGCUAUGCGGCCACCACUCUGCUUCCCCGAGGGCCGUCUUCCCCGCCACGCGAUGCCAGGAAUUUGACCCAACUUGGUGCUUGUACUCGACAUGCCCUUGUCCCCUUGUCCCCUUCUGUGUCCCCUUCCAAAUUCCACGUACAUGAUAUCAUAAGAACCAAGAAAAAACAUGAUAAUAAACUGUGGGCUACAAGAAACAUAAACCCGUAUGCAUUUGCUGGUCGCUGA